CUGAGGUCGUCGCGACGACCGUCCAGUUCUCGACCACCGAUCACAACCCCUUGGCGACUUUGUACGAUACGGUGACCCUUUGCAAGUCUUCUGUAUGAUCUCGAUGAGGGUCUAUGUCUUCAUCAUGGCGGAAGCGGAAAUCUCGACUGGCCGAACUACUGAACUGCGAUGGAGACGAGGAUGCCGAAGCACUCGCCAUGGACCGUAUACUUCAUGGCCAGAGCGUGAUAGGCAAAACAUCAAAGACCACUCAAGUUGACGGUUUGCGCUUCACGGACAAGGAUCUGGACGUCGUGGGCACGCUGGAGUAUGGUCAGUAUGGCGUGAUCGAUCUAGUAACAUGUCGCUUAGACGGCCGUGUAUAUGUGCGCAAGUCAACAGAGAAACGGUUCGCGCUGAAAACGCACGAUCAAUGCUCACCCCAGUCCGAGCGAGACAUCCUCUUGCAGGCGUACAAGACGAAGGCCAAGUGGGCACCGCACCUCCUAUGUGCAUUCCAGAGCACGACGCAUCUGAACCUUGUUAUGGAUUACGCGGAGGGCGGGACGCUAUGGGAUGUUCUGGAGUCCAGUCCGCAUGAUGGAAAGGUGCUAGAGUCUGAUCUACGAUGGUGGUCGCCCCAGAUUGUCAGCGCGAUACACUGGUGCCACACGCAAGGAUUCGUUCAUCGAGAUAUCAAGCCUCAUAACUUCGUGCUGACUCCCACCGCGCAUCUUCUCUUGAUUGAUUUUGGCUCAGCGGCGCCGCUCUUGGCGACUCAGUCGGAUGGCAGUCAGCGCGUUGCGAAACAUCACUGCUUGGUACCCGUUGGCACUUGCGACUAUAUCUCGCCAGAGAUCCUGCAGGCGCAUGAAGAAGUCCUCAUGGCUCUUGAGAUGUCUGAUGCGCAAGCUUCGCUCACGAACCACGGCGAAGGAUAUGGUCGGGAGACAGAUUGGUGGAGUAUGGGUGCGAUGCUGUACGAGAUGGCUUACGGCGUCGCACCAUUCUUCGCUAAGGAUAUACGCAAAACAUAUAUUAAGAUUACUGACCACCAUAGAAGCUUGCGUUUUGCCGCGUCUGCUGAUAUCUCACUUGAUUUCCAGGAUUUCAUUCGAAGAUUACUGACCGAUGCAGAGUUACGUUUGGGUCGUGCUACCAUAGACGAGAUACAACAACAUCCGUUCUUCUCCGGCGUCGACUGGCUGCAUCUACACGAAAAGAUGAAACCAGAUGACCUCCACACCCCUCAAUUCACGUACACCACUCCUUUAGCACCAGCUGAGGUGACAGGCGCGAGCUCGCCACAGGAUGCAUCACAGUCGCGGCCUUUCGCGUUCUCUGCUCUCUUCCAGUCCUCUCCGAUGACUAAUCCCGGUGUCUCCAUGAACCCGACUUUGACACCAUCUCAUACGCAGACACCGAGUAGUCGCUCUAUCCUGCGCGAUCAACCUUCGACUACCUUCAUUGGGUUCUCCUGGGGUCCGCCAAAGGACGCCUUUGAUAAUCAAGAGCAGAGACCCUCUCCGUCAGGACCAACCAACGCCGACAUCAAUACGCCGCGCCCUCUACACCGUCUCGGAGUUCCGACGACUCCCUUCGCACCUGCAAGCGCUAUUCAGAGCACGCCGAUCACAUCCAACCGCUACCCCUUCGCGACACCCAUACGACCGAGUAUGCUCACGCCCUAUGGCACGCUCCCCCGCGCGAGUACCAUUCGUCGCACCGCACCACGGCGCGCCGUCUCCGACCGCGAGGCGCUGAAGCAGCUCGUCGACUGCGUCGGGCAGAGCGCGCGCAAGAAGGUGCUCGAGAGCGGCCGCAAGCCUCGCGCGGUCGGUUCGCUCACGCGUUUUCGCACCGCGAGCGCGUCGGGCGGCUCCGCGCUGAAGGAGCUCCGCUUCGACACCUCCGUCGCCGUCGUGGGCUCUGCGGGCGUGGUAUCAUACAAGCCUGAUUCAGGCCCGUCCCAGUCACAUUCGACGGCAGACGAUACGUUCGGGGCGUCCCUACUCUCGCGGUCGGGCUCCGGAUCGGCGUCGAUAGGCUCGCAGGAGUUGCUCAUCCCCGAUGUCAGCCUCUCGGAUGCAGACUCGGACAUCCCGCCGAGCCCUAGUCCGAGCCCACGACCGGGCUCGGCGAUGUCGAUGCUGUCGAAGCGAAGCCAGACACCGACGACGUCGAGCUUCCAGCUGCCGCUGUUGAGGGUUGGCGGAUCGCGGAGUCAGGAGGAUUCCAAGCCUGCGUUAUCGCCGCUGUCACCCUUGUUCCCUGCUCCCCCUCCCCCUCUGUCGCUGCCUGUGGCACAUCCUCCACCCGCGAGACCUAAAGCCGUCGAUCAGACUAGUGAACGAAAAGACGAAGCGGUCAAGACUAGUCAGGUCACACGAGACACGCCACUUAGAGACAACCCAGCUAGGGUUGACGCAGCAGCUCACUCAAGCAAUGUAACCAGCUAUGCAACGAGCACGAGCCUGUCUUACGACAUGCUUGACGACUUCGACCGCCGAUUUGCGUGCCUGAUGCAAGACAUCCUAGGCAUUGAGCGUCGCCUGGAUCGGGUAUCAGAUAUAGCGAGGAGGUAGUAUUGGCCUGGUGUCCUCUUAAGUUAUUCGGACUAGACUAUGUUGUGCGCCGGGUCAUCCUCCUCCAUAUAGCCGUAGCAUCUACGUGUACUUCGUGCCGGUCUUGCCUUGAAAACUCUGUAUGUAUCAUCAUAAGUCUCUGCGUAUAAUGUAUAGACUAUCACUGUCAGGAUUGUCUGUCCUGAAAGACUCUUUCACGCCUGCUUUAUAGCCAUUGCACACUCUGAAUCAACAUGAAGAUGUGACACCGUGUAGUCAAAUGAAUCAAAGCAAGACCUCUGUAGCUAUAGCUACUCUACCGCCCGAACUUC